UUGAGACUGACACAAAUGCGCGAGGGAAAUUAAUAAUCACUAAGUGUUCUGCCGCAGGAGGUAACCGUGUUAGUUUUUCGUUUAGAAAUUCUAGGCAAUACACAAAUAUUAAAUUGACAAGUUUUGAAACACAAAAAGGAGAGAGAAUUCUUAUCAUAUGAGAAUUAAAUAUGUCCCCGUGGAGUUUCCAUGUCACACGAGGUCCACGCGAUGUUGGUUUUAAAAUGAUAAUCGUCUUUCAGGUGAUAUUUAAUUUCAAUGUGAAGUCGGGAAGACGAUUUAAAUAUACACUGUUUAUAUUCCAAUGAUGUUUAAAGUUGGUCUUUUUAAUAAAAUCGAACAAAAAACAGUAUUUGUUUUUGACAUAAAUUCUCCUUAUUCCAGAUGCUAUUGCUGGCUGAAGUUUGGAUCCAAUAAUUUUGGAAGUUCUAUUGCGUUGCGGAUUAGGCGAUGUGUCCUGGUUAUACCCGACUAGCAGUUUUAAACGUGAGUAAACCAUUGUCUGACAUUUGAGAGAUGCGCGUUCAAGACUAUGAAUAAAAAUAGCAAUAAUAAAAAUAAAAAAGAGUGUUAGAAUUUGCAUUAUCACAUCACCUUUCGCCAUUACCCUCCCCAACUGGCAUAUCGCGUAAACCGAUCAAUCACGUUUGAAUUUUCCCUAGGGCAUAUGAAUCACCAACUCUGAUGAAGUUGACGAAUGCGAUUGCGAUUAUGAGGUCCCUAUAUAAGCAGCGACAUUUUGAAACACUGAGUGUAGAGUUAGCUGUUAAGAUUUUGAAAGCACAGAGAACUCCGACCUCAAAGCAACAAUGCUCGCCAUCGAGAAGGUUCAUGUCAAAUUCGCCUUAGUGUCCAUAGCUAUUUCGGUGUUCGUUUUGUGUAACCCCACGGAAGCAUGGUACAAGCAAGCCACUGGACCAAGCUACUAUUCAGUGGGCAGAGCUUCGGGUUUGCUUUCAGGAAUGCGGAGAUCACCUUACGUCAGGAGGUCCGAGUCCGAGUCCGUGCUUGAAAGCGGAGAAUCUUCAGAAAACAAUGCGGUUUCCGAAUUGGUUGACCGAAAGAACCCAUUCCUGAAAAACCUGGCAGUGUGCGUCAAAGACAUCUCGCCAAACCUGCACAGCUGCGAACUCGUCCAGGACGGCACGAGCGUGUUUCAGUGUAAAGCGGACGUGUUCCUGUCUCUGGACUCACAGAACUGUCUCAACGCCUGAACAGAGUCCCUAUUCCGUCUCAGUCAAAGCACAUCGUCUCUAACCCGAGAGAGCUCUAGCGAUGAGAAGAGCGCAUUGGACCGACGACACUGAAUGUCUCUCAUUUUACAACAUAAAAGUAGCCUUCGGUAUGUGUCAGAAAUGCUCGUUCUGUUUUACCAUAGUACCCAACUUCCAUGAAUAAUUGCCCUUCUGCUCUUAAAUGGGCAGCAGAUGUAUAUCAUAACUAUAAAUUAUUUGUUGCUGUGCUGAACACCUUAAAACGGGUUGUUUUAUUGAAAUUAAAACUACGUAACUGUUCACUUUGUGUACAUUUGUAUCUAUGAUGAAUUCAAGUGCAACAUUAAAGAAAUAUUUCAUGGACUCAAUCCACGAGCCUUAAAAACAA